CUUUACAAUAUUUUUUUUUUUGGUUGCAAUAAAAAAACACUAGUUAAGCAAGAGGUUCUACUAGGGUUUUAGGCAUUGCACUUCCAACCGUGAACCGUCUCUCUUCUUCCCUCAUUUUCGAUUUUCUCUAGAAAUUCAACACAAAAUGACUUUCUGGGGGGCUGAAGUAAAACCAGGCAAACCCUUAACUUUUAAUGCUGAAGAUUUGGAUGGAAAGCUGGUUUUAACUCAGGCCACGUUGGGAAUUGGUUCAUCAACGAAGAAGAGCAUCCUUCAGGUCAAUGUAGGAGAUAAGAGUCCAGUCUUUCUCUGCACUUUGUUACCUGACAAGAUAGAAUCUUGUUCGUUGACUCUUGAAUUUGACGAGGAGGAUGAUGUGAAAUUUUCUGUCAUUGGGCCAACUAGUAUUCACUUGUCUGGCUUUGUUCAGAGCAAUCUUGAAAAUGAAUAUGAUUCUGAUUCAUAUGGGGAAGAUAUUGCUGAGUCUGAUUCAGAGAGCAGUGACUAUGAUUCUGAAGAUGUUUCAGAGGAUGAAUUUCUUGAUGGCGAUGAUGAUACCAUGUUCCCACCUUCGCCUGUACGAAAAAGUGGAGUUGUUAUCGAGGAGAUAGUGGAUGAGGAAAAGACUGCAACUGAAAAUGGUGGAACCAAAAAAGGAAAAAAGAAGAAGCAGUUGGCUGAUACUGACAAUGACAAAAAAGCUGAACAACAAAUUGUACUCAAGGAAAAUAAUGGUGCCUCAGUUUUAGAGAGUGAAGAUGAAGAUGGCUUUCCAGUUUCUUCAUCACGCAAAAGUGAAAAUUUAGAAGCUAACACAACCACCAAAGUUGUGGAAGAGAAGAAAAAGAAUAAGAAGGAUGAAGCAAAAGAUAAUGUUGAAUCUGAAAAAAAUUUAAAAAGGAAGGUUGAUGCCAUCAAAUCUGGUCAAGAACAAAAAAGCGAUGCUAUUGAAAAUGGAGAGGCAUCUGAGAACAUGAAAAAAAAACAGAAGAAGAAAAAGAAAGGAAAGACAGAGAAGAGUGAAGAGGUUUCAAAAAUAGAGCAAGAUGCAAAUGCAGAACCUAAGCAGAUAAGCAAAACUGAUAAAGUAGUCAAGCAAUCUAAGGAGAAGCCUGCCAGAGUUAAAACCUUUCCUAAUGGACUGGUCAUAGAAGAUGUAGCAAUGGGAAAACCUGAUGGUAAAAGAGCUUCUCGUGGUAGCAAGGUUAGUGUUUACUAUAUUGGGAAGUUGCAGAAGAAUGGCAAACGCUUUGACUCUAACACUAGCGGAAAACCCUUCAAAUUUCGUCUAGGUAUUGGUCAAGUUAUCAAGGGUUGGGAUGUUGGUGUUGAAGGCAUGCGUGUUGGUGACAAAAGAAGGCUUACAAUUCCACCUUCAAUGGGUUAUGGUGCCUCUGGUGCUCCUCCUCAGAUUCCCCCCAAUGCAUGGCUAGUCUUUGAUGUUGAAUUGGUUGAUGUCGCUUGAUAAUCUUGCUUUCAAUGGAAUUUCCAUUUCUGUAGACAUUUCGAUAAAUCUCAAUUUUGGCGAAAGCAAGCAGUAUGAGCAUGGACAAGCAAAUUUUGUUCCUUUUACCUUAUAGUGAAUUUUGUGAGAGUAAAGUGUAAAGUUUUGCUGAACGAUACUGUUUUACAUUAUUACAAGGCCUAAUGAUAUUUGAUUGAAUAAUAUUGCACAAUUUAGCUUUGUCUACUCUGCAUAAUUUUGAUUCA